AUGAGUGGCGGAAGGUUUGACUUUGACGACGGAGGGGCGUACUGUGGGGGCUGGGAAGGGGGCAAGGCCCACGGGCAUGGCAUCUGCACCGGCCCCAAGGGCCAGGGCGAGUACUCUGGCUCCUGGAACUAUGGGUUCGAAGUGGUGGGGGUCUAUACCUGGCCCAGCGGCAACACCUACGAAGGCUACUGGUCUCAGGGCAAGCGGCACGGCUUGGGGAUCGAGACCAAAGGACGCUGGCUUUACAAAGGCGAGUGGACCCACGGCUUUAAGGGGAGGUACGGGAUACGGCAGAACGUCAGCAGCGGAGCCAAGUAUGAAGGUACCUGGAACAACGGGCUUCAGGACGGCUAUGGCACCGAGACCUAUGCGGACGGAGGCACUUACCAAGGCCAGUUCACCAAUGGUAUGCGCCAUGGUUAUGGUGUCAGGCAGAGCGUCCCUUAUGGCAUGGCAGCUGUGGUCCGCAACCCUCUAAGGACCUCCCUUACUUCCUUACGUAGUGAGCACAGCAAUGGCACCCUGCUGCAACACGAUUCCCCCUCGGCUAACCUGGAGAACGUUCCCAUGACACCUACAAUCACACGGGGCGGUUUUGCUCUCAGCUUGUAUGCAGAUGCAGAUGCUGGAAAGCUGAAGAAGGGAGGGCUCUUCAGACGGAGCUCCCUCUUCGGGAAGUUAAAGAAAUCCGACUCAAAGACUUCCUUGUCCAGCCAAAGGAGUCGGCUCAGUUUCCUGAAGAGCGAGAGCGGGAUAAGUUCUGGUAGCGAUGUCGCCUCCACAGCUAGCUUGGGGGAAGGAGCAGAGGGAGAGGACUUCCCGCCUUUUGAUGCUGACAUUGACGCCACCACUACGGAGUCCUACAUGGGCGAGUGGAAGAAUGACAAGCGCUCUGGGUUCGGCGUGAGCGAGAGGUCGAGCGGCCUGAAGUACGAGGGCGAAUGGCUGGAUAAUGUUCGGCAUGGAUAUGGCUGCACCACGUUGCCUGACGGGAAGAAGGAAGAAGGGAAGUACCGGAUGAACGUUCUGAUCAAAGGCAUGAAGAAGCGGGUGAUACCUCUGAAAAGCGCCAAGAUAAGGCAGAAAGUGGACCGGAACAUAGAAGGAGCUCAGAAGGCAGCGACCAUUGCCAAACAGAAAUCUGAGAUUGCAGCUUCCAGGACUGCCCAUGCCAAAGCCAAGUCCGAAGGUGCUGAGCAAGCAGCACUAGCAGCUAACAACGAAUCCACAUUGGCCAGGUCGAUGGCCAGAGAACUGUCUCCAGACUUCUACCAGCCAGGCCCUGAAUACUUGAAAAGAAGGCUGCUCCAAGAACUAAUGGAGAAUGAAGAAAACAUAGAGAAUGCUGAAGAAGAGGCACCGCCCGUCGAAGAGCCGCCCCUGCCAUCACCUCCAGAAAGUCCCCAGGUUGAUGAGCAAGAGUCCACCAAGCCCAAGGAGAGUAUUGCUCGAACCCCGUCCCCUCCUGGAACACCACCUGAGGCCAAGCGUUCUAAGCAGAAUUCCCAAAAAGAGGAUUUUGUCAGCCCUGGGAGCUGGAAUGGAGAUCAUGGCAAAGACGAGGGGCGUACAGGAAAUAGGCCCAGCACACCUUCAAAUGCACUUUCGGCACCUGGGGAGAAGGCAGCAGGUAACAUCAGACCUACAACCCGGAGCCCCAGCCGGCACAGCCACGUGAGGACUUCGGCCGACCAGAUGGAGAUCAAACCCCUUCAGAGGCUGCAGCACGGAGGUGAUGUUGCAUUAUUUCACGGCUAUCACAGUUACGCUGUGAAGACCUCCCCGGUGACACCCCCGUUGGACAAUGAGGAAGAAUCACCCCCUGACUCCAGAUCAGCUGCCCAGUCAAGUUCCCCAGAACCCAAAGCAGACAUGAAGGAAGUCGAACGCAAAUUGGAGCCCCCAAAGAAAGCAGGCACUCCUGUCCUUCAGCUGGAACCGGCUCACGAAGAGAAAAAACCACUGACAGCAGAACCUAAGCCAAAGCCCCAGCAACAUCCUCCACCUGAGUCCAAGGCAGAAUCGAAAACACAGGCUGCAACUGAAGCCAAGCCUGAUCGGAAAACAGAGGCUAAGACGGUGGCCAAAAUUGAGCCCAAGGCCGUGGUGAAGAAAGGUCAUCCUCCUGAAGCAGCAGCACCAGUGGUGGAAGAACAUGAAGAGGGACCUAACACAAUCAUCAUCUGCAUGGUCAUCUUAUUGAAUGUUGGCCUGUCCAUCUUAUUUGUGCAUUUUCUGACAUGAUGGGAAACUAUGAUAAGAAGUUUCUGCUGAUGUAGACAACAGGGAUAUAACCCCAUCUAUUCAGAAACAUCUAAAGAGGGAGGAGCUUAGAACCUUGUGGUUUCUCCGAGGCCAGGAACUUUCC